ACCCACGACCCAAACAGUGCAGAGAGACGGGGGGGGAAAGCAGCGCCGCAGCCCUGCAGGAUAGCAGCAUAUUAAAACGCAACGCAGUCGGCCAGCUCUGGCUGCAUGGGCUAGUUUGAUAGCAUUGUCUGAGUGGCGCUGCUUCAACUGCAAACGGGAUUCGUAACUACGCUCCAGCUGUGUUUUCUCUAUCUCCCCCUCGAGUCCCCGGCUACAAGAUGAUGAAGUUCAGGUUUCGCCGGCAGGGAAACGACCCGCAGAGAGAGAAGAUCAAGCAGGAGCUGUUUGCCUUCAACAAGACGGUGGAGCAUGGCUUCCCCCACCAGCCGAGCUCCCUGGCGUUUGACCCAAGGCUGCAGAUCAUGGCCAUAGGCACCAAGUCCGGUGCUGUCAAAAUAUAUGGCGCUCCUGGCGUGGAGUUCACAGGGCUGCACAAAGACACCGCCGCUGUCACCCAGAUCCAAUUCCUGCCCGCUCAGGGCCGGCUUCUGUCACUGCUCGACGACAACUCCAUCCAUCUGUGGGAGCUGGUGGGCGGGGCUCCCAGGGAAGUGGGCGGAGCCAGACGGGAGCCAACGGUGGGGCUCCAGGAAGUGCGUAGUUACUGCCUCCCAGGGAGGCCCGGCAUCGAGAACUGCAGCACCUCACGGGUCACCGUCCUCCUCCUCCUGGGGUCAUGUGACCUGCUCUGUGUCGGGACCGAGGGAGGGGGCGUCCACUUCCUGGAUUUGCCACGCCUGUCGCUGAGGGAGAACCAAUCACUUCUCCAAGACCAGGUCAUACAGAGCUUGCCAGAUGACUACCGAUGUGGCAAGUCUCUGGGGCCAGUGGAGUCUCUCCAGGAACACCCCCAGCAGCCAGGGGUGAUUCUGAUAGGCUACAGUCGAGGCCUGGUGGUGCUAUGGGAUCUGAGCACGCGCCACGUGGAUCACGUCUUCCUGGGCAAGCAGCAACUAGAGAGCCUGGUGUGGGAGCGUUCCGGGAAGUCGUUCGUCAGUUCCCAUAACGACGGGGGCUACUCGGUGUGGGCAGUUACCAGCGGUAACCCCUACACCCAGCAGCCAGUAUCCUCCACCAUCCCAUAUGGUCCGUUCCCCUGCAAGGCCAUUAGCAAGAUCCUUCUGAGGACCACGGUGUCCGGUGCUCCCAUGCUGCUGUACAGCGGUGGGAUGCCCAGGGCGAGCUACGGGGACCGCCACUGUCUGACCGUCCAGCAGGACAAGGAGCACGUCACGCUGGACUUCACGUCCCGGGUCAUCGACUUCUUCACCAUCCACAGCGUGGAGCGGGAGCAAGAGUUUGACGAGCCCUCGGCCGUGGUGGUGCUGCUGGACGAGGAGCUGGUGGUGGUGGACCUGCACACCCCCGGCUGGCCCACGCUGCCCACCCCCUACCUGGCCCCGCUGCACUCCUCGGCCAUCACCUGCUCGUGCCACGUCUCCAGCGUGCCCCCCAAGCUGUGGGACCGGGUGCUGCAGGCCGGCCGCGCCCAGCGACAGGCACCGCAGCAGCAGCAGCAGCAGCAGCAGCGCGGGAGUUGGCCGAUCUGUGGAGGGAAAAACCUGGCGCCGUCAGCGAAACAGCAGGAACUGCUACUGACUGGCCACGAGGACGGCACCGUACGCUUCUGGGAUGCAUCGGGCGUGGCCCUCACGCCGAUCUACAAGCUCUCCACUGCCGGCGUCUUCCACACGGACUGCGACCCCGCCGACGACCCCCAGGGCCCCGACGACGACCCCGACGACCGGCGGGAGGAAGAGGACGAGUGGCCCCCCUUCAGGAAGGUGGGAUGUUUUGACCCCUACAGCGAUGACCCUAGGCUUGGCAUCCAGAAGAUCACUCUGUGUAAAUACAGCAACAAGCUGGUGGUGGCUGGAACUGCCGGACAGGUGCUGAUCCUGGCUCUGAGUGACGAGCGGUCGGACCACCAGGUCGAGGUGUCGGUGGUGGACCUGCUCCAGGACCGGGAGGGCUUCACCUGGAAGGGCCACGGCCGUCUGGACCCCCGCGCCCGCCCGGGCCCCUUCCCCCCAGGCUUCCAGCCCCAGCUGCUGGUGCAGUGCAUGCCCCCCGCCUCGGUCACCGCGGUGACGCUGCACGCAGAGUGGCACCUGGUGGCGUUCGGCACCAGCCACGGCUUUGGCCUGUUCGACUACCAGCGUCGCAGUGCCGUGCUGGCCAGGUGCACCCUGCACCCGAAUGACUCCCUGGCCAUGGAGGGUCCCCUGUCCCGGGUCAAGUCCCUGAAGAAGUCUCUCCGCCAGAGCUUCCGGCGAAUCCGCAAGAGCAGGGUGUCUGGCAAGAAGCGCCCCGUCCCCACCACCAUGCCCACCAGCAAGGUCCAGGAGGCCAACGCGGCUCUAGCGGAGCAGGAGGAUGUGGCCCCGGUGCAGCGGCGCAUCGAGCCACGCUCCGCAGACGACUCGCUGUCCGGCGUGGUCCGCUGCCUGUGCUUCGCCGACACCUUCCUGCGAGACGGAACGCACCACGGCCCUACCCUCUGGGCGGGCACCAACUCGGGCAGCGUGUACGCCUACGCCCUGGAGGUCCCGGGUGUUGGCUCUGGGCCGGGCCGGGGGGGCGAGCCGGGCAGUGGCAGCGGGGGGGGAGGAGGAGGAGGGGGCGGGGCCGGCAGCAGCGUGGAGGCGUUGCUGGGGAAGGAGAUCCAGCUGAUGCACCGCGCCCCCGUGGUGUGGAUCUGCGUGCUGGACGGCCGCGGACGCCCGCUGCCGGAGCCCUACGAGGCGUCCCGGGACCUCGCCGCCGCGCCAGACAUGAGCACCGCCCACUCGGUGCUCAUCGCCUCGGAGGAGCAGCUCAAGGUGUUCUCCCUGCCCAAAGUGAGUGCCAAGACCAAGUUCAAGCUGACGGCCCACGAGGGCUGCCGCGUGCGGCGGGUGGCGCUGGUGGCGCUGAGCUCGGCCGUGCAGGAGGACUACAGCGAGCACACCCUGGUCUGCCUCACCAACCUGGGGGACAUGCACCUCUUCAACGUCCCGGCGCUCAGGCCCCAGGUGCGCUACGACUGCAUCCGGAAAGAAGACAUCAGUGGCAUUGCGUCCUGCGUCUUCACCAAAACUGGCCAGGGGUUCUACCUGAUCUCCCCCUCAGAGUACGAGAGGUUCUCCCUCUCGGCCAAGGUCAUCACAGAGCCGCUCUGCUCCCUGCAGCUGGACCGCCCGCUGGAGCACGCGUCAGCCAGUGACGGCCCCACAGCACAACCACGGGCCAACGGGACACACAAAAACCAGACGGAUCAAGCUGAGGGUCAGGCGGAGGACCUCCAGAGCGGCCUGUCCUCCCCCGCCCAGGACUCUCCCCUUGACUCACCGCUCAGCUUCGCUGACCUCACCCUGGACUCCACUGGGGAGCUCACUGUGGAGGACGUCCGGGACUUCCUCACGACGGUGGACGAAGUGGAGAACAACAUGAGGAACAUCAAAGAGGAAGAGGGGCGCACCGCGGGUAUCUUGAUCAACUGACCAAGAAGCGUCUUGGCCAUCGCCUGCAGUAGUCCAGUGGAGGCACCGAUGACCGACCAUACGGCUAGAUAACACAACAAGCAGCGGACAUAGAUACUUCUGGGUACGCCCCCAACCGUACCAUCUCUUCCUCUUCCUCCUCCUCCUCCUCCUCUCAGUACAACAGCACAGCCCCCACACGCCCAUCCACUCUGACUAUGGACACGAUAUUAGAAGAACGGAGCGUGGACAGAAGAAUACAAAGUUUCCUACUGGAUGGACCCCCAUCUUCUACAGAACCACCCGGGAACGUGACCUCACCCGCCCUAUGAGUAAUAUGCCAGGACACACAGGCAUGCAUGUGAACCAUGGAUUACAUGGUUCAUGGUUGGUUUGGUUACGGUUAGCCAUGCCACCCCCCCCCCCCCCCCCCCCCCCUGGCUGGCUGGCCGGUUCUGGAUGAGGCAGAACUACCAUUGGCAGGAUGGUACAGCCUGCUGGCACUGCCCUGUGGAUCUCUCUCUUUGUGUCACUCUCGCUCUGUCACACACUCGCUCUCUUUCUCUAACUCCCCCUGCCCCCCCCCCCCCCCCUGUCUGCCUACCAAUUAGGGAAAGGAGUUCUUAAUGUUUUCUUUCUUCCAGGGCAGAACUAUCGGUGCUGUUGUGAGUUGAUGAACACCUCUCUCUUAACGGAGCCCCGUCCCCUCCUCGGUAUCAGGGCUCCUCUAGGUGCUGCUUUGGGGGCUCUUCCACUGGUGCUCUCUCCUCAAGAACAAACUGUCCAUGUGCACAACAGUAGACUUACUGGAGCUGUGAGGCACGCUGCGAAUUACAGCCACAGAGCAGCCCUCCUCACACCCCCUCCCCCUCCCACCGCUCCCCCAUAACUAUAAACUGUGAAUCGGUUGAAGAGAAUGAAAGGGAACAAUUGUAGCAUUCACCCGAGUUAGACUCUUUUGUUUUUGGUUUUUCUCCCGAGAGAUCUGACCGGUCUUCUUUGAGUACUGGGAGCUAUAGCGUUGUCGUUCCAGCCAAAAUUGCUAACAUAUCUUUGCAAUUGAGGAGGACCCUAAUGAACUAUGUUUGUAUCUGUCUUAAUAACUUAUAAUGAAGAGCCACACUAACCACAGUGGGGACCGAGGCUCGCCGUUUACCCUCGGAUGGGGAAAGGGUGACGGGGAUAAUGCAGUCGUUUGUCUGAAGACGAAGCUGGCCUUAUUAGGGCCAGCUUCUGGGCUAGCAGGUUGUCAUUCGAAACGUUUUUUCAGGGUGUUUUUAAAGAAAGGAUGUAGAGUAACUAGGGUUUAGAAAAGGACUUUAUUAAGGGAAACAAACCAAAUGCUGCAAAGUCUUCAUGUUUGAGAAUGCGUGGUAUCGAGUGAGUUAAUUGAACGUUUGAGACUGAGGGCUACACAGCAAGUAUAAUAUCUAGAAACAUUUUGAAGCCAACCAUUCAAUAAUAAACAUUAUUAUGGAGUAGUUGGCUCCAAAGUCAGGUUUUUUUUUUUUGCUUUACAUCAAAGCACAGAGAAACGGGGCUUGUGAGGAUAGAAGGGAGAGGAGAGGUUGAAACCAAGGCAAAGCAUGGUGGAAAGUUACGGUUAAAAGAACAGCUAAUAAUUCGCCUGCCAAAUACAACUCCUGGGAACGUUUAGGAGUGGAGCGUGGGUGAAGAAGCAGUGUAGUAAGGUUUAGAGGCACAGGGUCAUGUUCCAGGGGACGGCAGCGACGACGAUAGGAGGGAGGCCUUAACCCCUGGAGUUUUAUGAAGAAUAUGUCAAGUGUGAAUUCAAAGGGACCAUGAUACAGCGAUAAAGCGAUUGAGCCGUUGAGUUCCGAAGAAACUUCCAGAAAGAUCCCCAAAAAUUCUCCCUUGAGAAAAUCGUUCAUCUCACGCUGGAAGUUUUUGAUUACGAGUUUGUCCGGAACACUAUGUGUGAUGUAGGUUACAGCUGUUCAGCGACGCAAAGUUUGUGGGAUUGUUUCAAUUGUGGAUGGGACAAUGGCCAGUGCUUGGAUCCCCGUAGUCUAACAAUUUAUCUUCUAACUUUUACUGUGUAAAAAAAAAAAGUGUGUGUGUAUAUAAAUAUAUAUAUAAUGUAGGUUAACAGCCUUGAAUUAGGACAGACAGGUUUUAUAUGCCAAUGAUGAAGUAGUACUUCCAGACCCCAAUAAAAGUAGCCUAAAAGCCUUUCGGUAUUUCAUUUUAGAUUGCCUCGUGCAAAAUAUUAAAAGGGACCUCACAACUAAUUUAGAACAAUGGAUAGGAAUGGUGUUAACGCCUUUAAUUUGAAAUGUGUACAUUUUUGUUGCGACAAAUAAUUAACACUCUGCUACAGUUUACACCACCACACAAACCAUUUAUGAUUCCAGGACAGGGUUGAACAUUUAAAUUGGGAUUUUACCAUUUUUUGUUUACUUUUUUGUUUUGAGUUUUAAUGGAAAUUUGUUUGUUUAGAAUUUUUGCAGAUGGAGAAUGUCAAUAAAAGUAUUUACUCUUUAA